GUUGUUUUUACUUUUUUUGUAGUUUUUUUUAUCUUCUGUAACUAACGCUGUUUUUUAAUGAACUAAUAAAAUAAAUACGUGCUGAAAUAUAGAUAUUAUUAUGGCUACACAAACAAUAAUACGUGUGAAACGUAAAAUAGAAGAUAACCCACAAGACGCGUUAGUAAUUUUGUGUAAACGGUUGAAAACUGAUACAGUGGAGAUUUCACCAUCCCUUUUCGUGUUUCAAGGAACCGUUAAUAAUCAGGAGACAAAUUCUGUAAAAAACUUAGUUCCUAAAACUGAAUCGCAAGUGAAAACCAAACAUAAUGUUAAUGACAUAAUUCAGAAGAUAAGGAAAGAAAGGAAACAGGCUGCACAGGAAAACCGUUAUGAAGUUGUCAAUUGCAGUAGAGGUUUGAAAGACAGUAAUGAUGAUGAUAGUAAUGAAAAUGUUUACGAUCUAGUAGAUUUGCAAAAGUCAAGUGAUGAGCAGCAAGAUGUACAGUAUGCAUAUGAUUUAUAUGUUGCUGCCAAGCAGGAGGAGUUUGAUGUAUCCAUGUUGGAUAAUCUUGUCAGCAUUGAGAACUAUGAAACAAGUUUGAUAUUUGGUUCCCAUCGAGAUAAUGGCAAGAACCCAUCAGAUGAUGAAGCAGACGAUGAGGACGACUCUAAUGAUGAGAACAACUGGAGGAAUGAAUAUCCAGACACAGACAAUAGUAGUUUAAAUGAAGAGGACAUGAUUCGGGCAAUGGAGAAUUGUGACAUUGAAGAUAACCUGUCAAGUGAUACAGGUGAAGACAGAAUAUAUGAUGAUCCUCAAGAUAUAUCUAGUGAAGAUGUCAAAAGAUAUGGAGCUGCAUAUGCAGCUUAUAAAGCAAGAGUGUUAAAUGAAAGCCCUGAAUUAAAUUCAAAGAGUUUAAUACAAUGCUCCAGGGUAAAAGACUUGGAUGAGGAAUCCAUUGAUGGUUAUAAAGAUGAUGAUGAAGGAUUUUACUAUGGGCAAGAUGAAGAUACAGAGCAAUUUAAAGACCAAUAUGGAGAUGUUUCCUCUGAUGAAUACACUCCAGAUUGAAUUUAGUCCUAAGAUUAACUCUGAUUUUGUAUUAUAAGAGAAUCUAGCUGAUUUUGU